GCGCACCGGCCCGCAUGCCCGCCGCCGCCGCGGCGCUGGGGCACGGACCGGAAGUGUGCGCGGCCGAGGGGACUUCGCGGCGGACGGAGCUCCCGGCUGAGGUUGCGUGAAGGCUCCGCUUCCGGCGGCGGCCUGCUGCGACUAAGGUGGUCUGCGCUGUCACCCAAGGGCUCUGUCCGCGCUCCACGGCGUCCGGCCACGGCCUUUCGCUGAGCUGGCCCGGCGGCUGAGAUCCCUGCGCGUGCAAGCCGAGGCCCCGCGGUCAUGAACGGCAAAGAAGGACCAGGAGGGUUCAGGAAGAGGAAGCAUGACAACUUCCCACAUAACCAAAGGAGAGAAGGGAAGGAGGCCAGCUUGUCUUCACCAGUGAUGCUCGCCUUCAAAUCAUUUCAGCAGGAGCUGGAUGCGAGGCACGACAAAUAUGAAAGACUUGUGAAACUAAGCCGGGAUAUUACUGUUGAAAGCAAGAGGACAAUUUUUCUUCUCCAUAGGAUUACAAGUGCUCCUGAUAUGGAGGAAAUACUGACUGAAUCAGAAAGUAAGCUGGAUGGUGUCAGACAGAAAAUACUACAGGUAGCCCAAGAGCUCUCGGGAGAAGACAUGCACCAGUUCCAUCGAGCUGUCACCACAGGACUGCAGGAAUAUGUGGAGGCUGUCUCUUUUCAACACUUCAUCAAAACUCGUUCCCUCAUCAGUAUGGAUGAGAUUAACAAGCAGCUGACAUUUACAACAGAAGACAGUGGGAAAGAGAGCAAGACGCCUCCCUCAGACGGACCAGAUAAGCAGCUGGUUACAUGGAGACUGAAGAUCACACCUGUUGACUACCUGCUGGGAGUGGCCGACCUAACUGGAGAGUUGAUGCGGAUGUGUAUCAACAGCGUGGGGAAUGGGGACAUUGACACCCCCUUUGAAGUGAGCCAGUUUUUACGCCAGGUUUACGAUGGGUUCUCGUUCAUUGGCAACACUGGGCCCUACGAGGUCUCUAAGAAGCUGUACACCUUGAAACAGAGCCUGGCCAAAGUGGAGAAUGCUUGCUAUGCCCUGAAAGUCCGGGGCUCCGAGAUUCCUAAGCACAUGCUGGCAGAUGUGUUUUCAGUUAAAGCAGAGAUGAUUGAUCAGGAAGAGAGCAUUUCUUAAGCUGCCCCACUCUGUUCUCUAAGGAGGUCCCUGGAGACCAGUUGGUGGGACUGUUCUGAGUGUGCAUUUGACUUAAUCGUGACUUCUGUAGGUGUUUCCAGUUGUACUAGUUUGAAGUUGUAUACAUCUGUAUAUAAGUUUGUCCACAGGGACGUUUCUUACACUCACGCACAUUUGCGUACAGUGUUUGUAUGUGUGCUUGCUCUACUGUGUGAACAUGCUUCCGAUUGCACUUUCUGCCACACCUACUUUAGUUCACUUUGAACUUGGAGUGACAUUUUGGGUGGAAGGAAGUCUCUUAAGUGGGUGAUUCUGGAUAUGGAGAAACAGCGUAGUGAGCCUUCUGGAGCGAGCUUCCUGCUUAAGUUCCUCAACAGCAUCCUGGCAAGCCUCGAAAGUGGGCUAAUACUCAAGACAACCAUUUAAAUACGUAAUCUAGCAAUGUUUCUUUAAGUGCAAGUUUUGGUGGUAUUAUAAUGAGAAUUCACUUAAAAUUUUGGCCAUUUUGAAUUCAUAUGAAGCAGCUUUCCUGUAGAAUUGAUGGGUAUCUGGAUGUUCAUUUCUCCACUUCAUCUUUUCCCUUCUCACACAUGUGGGAAGGAGCUGAUACUGGUCUUCACUGGUGAUGCUGAGUAACUAAGUCCACACUCGUGUGUAGGCUGUGAGCAGCCAGGCCCCUUGUCUUGUCUUAGGUGUGGUCCGCUUUCCUAUCCCAGGUGUCCUGGGACCCACAGAGGAGCAGCCACAGUGCUUGGAGUGCGGACAACCCAGUCCCUUACACUUGUCCCUCAGUGUUAGCUAGUGAUGUUGCCAAAGAAAACGAAUUGUGUAUAAUUCAGCAAUAAGGCAAUUGCCAACACAGGCGGCAGCGUUGGCGUGAGCUCGCCUCCCCGGUCAGUCAGUCAUCUGUGGUGAGCGCCUUGGCUUGAGCGUGGCCUGCAGCUGGCACCACCACUUGCUUUCAACUAGCUCUGUGAGUUUUCACAGCUUAGAUACUGGGUUUUAUUUUUGGAAAGAAUAUCUAUUUGUAAGGCUGGUUCUUUGAAAGUGUAAUUUCCCAAAAAUUAUCACCAAAAGGAAAAUAAGAUGUGUACAUGCCUGAUAAGUUAGAUGUGUUUGUCCUGGUGAUGGUGAGGCGUUGCCUCCCUGUAGUGAGAGAGACUGUUGACUGUAGUCAGUCCUGUUACCCGCUCUGUCGGUUUGUGUUUUCAGCUACUUCAAGUGGAAUUUAUAAUGUUAAAAUAAUUGAAGACUGUUUUACAGAAAUUUAAAGCAAAUUUUAAAUAAAAUAUUAAACUACAGAA